CCGCUCGCAAGAUCACAAUCUACUAUCUGUAUCACUAUCCGAUCGAGGUGUCAGUCGCGCGCCAACCUCCACACGCGACAGUCGCGUGCUCGGUGACGCUAUGCACGAGUGACUUUCCGCGAUUGAGUUAAACGUUGUGACAGAAAUGGUGACCGGUGUCGCGGGCUCUCAGGCCACUCCUGGCAGCAUGACUUCAUCUGCUGCAGUCGAGCAGAAGAAGGGGGAUUCUAAUAGACGGAGUAACAAACCGAUAAUGGAAAAGAGACGUCGAGCUCGCAUCAAUAAUUGCCUGAACGAACUCAAGGCGUUAAUUCUCGACGCUAUGAAAAAAGAUCCGGCGAGACACUCUAAGUUAGAAAAGGCUGAUAUACUUGAAAUGACAGUGAAACAUUUGGAAGGACUGCGUUCUGAAGGUGCCGCUUCUCCGGAUAGGUUUCGGGCGGGUUACAGGCAUUGCUUGUCGGAAGUAGCCAAGUUUCCUGGACUGGAAACCGGUUUGAAGCGACGUCUCGUCCGUCACCUGGAGGGAUGUGUCAGCAACCAAGGGAGCAGACCGGUCGCCGCCCCUACACCACCUUCCGAUGCCGAAGAUGUUAAUCCGCCACAGCAUUCAACCAUCUUUAUUUCUGGCCCAGGCUCUGGUGUUCGCUUGGUGCCAACACGUCUGUGCAACGGGGACAUUGCGUUGGUAUUGCCGGCAGGAGUAACAGCCAGUUCACUCACAGCAAUUCCCAACCUGGUGCCGCUAUCACCAAGAGAUGCGACAUCGUCAACGUCGUCAGAGGCUCGUUGUUUGUCUCCAGCUAGUUCAGGUUGGAGUACUCCACCUCCCACGAUAGAUGACGCGGCUCCUCUAGCGUUGGUCACUCGGAGACCACCGGAAGAUAAACCCUGGCGACCGUGGUGACCCCUGCUUGGUCCAUAUUAUCUGUUAUCUGUGAUAAAUAGGUGUACUAUGUCAGGCUGAGCGCACAUUUGCUGAGCAAGUUACUAAAGCUGACUUCUUAAAAACUUUUGUUUAAAUAUUGUCAGUUUUGUUAUAUAUUUUAUGUACCUACCUUAAAAUGGUGUGUAUAAACUAUCUCACAAUAUCGUAUUUAAAGAUUUAGUGAGAUAUCAUAUUAUGACGUUUAUACACCACUUUCUACGAUCACUCGUUUUAGCGUCGGCAAGGAUCUUGAGCAGUGCGGCAAGCUGUAUAAUGUAUAUUAUCUGCGAUUGUUUUCUUGCUAUCGCUUUUAUUAUUAUUAUCAAUGACACAGUUCAAGAUCCGUGUUCCCUUUAGUAACUCAUGUGUUCGUCAUCAUCCGGAACAUUAUUAAAAUAUCCAAAAGCUACAAUAUUGAUUUUUGUAGCUCAGUUGAAGUAAUUAUUGUUUAAUAUUAGUACGAUCAGCUUUAUAAUAUUAUAUUCAAUCGGUCGAGCAUGUAUGCGAGGAACUGGUAAGUUUUGUGUGUGAUAUGAAGUUCCUACUGUGUGAUUUGUGUGGUCAGUAUAUAAAUAUGUGAUAGAUAAAGUGUUAAUUAAGAAACAAAUUUUAAAAUCUUUAUAAUAAUAUUUUAAUUAAUAGAAUUUAGUUUAAUCCGCGCCAAAUUCCGUGGAAUCUUGUCAAAACGAUUUGAAAGAACUUUUCUGAAGCAAAGAAAUAUAAAAUUAUUUAAAUUUGAUUGAUCAAAAUGUGUAUAUUAUAUGUUAUUAUGUUAAUAAUGAGCCGAUCUUGUUAUAGAGCACGCAACGGGUGGCUAGAAUGUGUCCUAAUUGGUACACAUUUUAACACUAAGUAACGUUCGUUUCCAUUUAGUUUGACAGAUAGAUCUCCCCUUUUUCUUAUUGUUUUAUUCAUGCCAUCCCUUGAACGAACAUUCAUUGUGCCAGUCUGUUGCAUGGAUCACUUUUAACGGUAGUUAUACAAUUGUAAAUGUAUUUAUAUUAUUAACAUUGGCAAAACAUGUACACUGAUCGGUUCGUGAGUGCUCAGUAAUUACCCUUUGGCAACAUAUUUUGACAACAAUUUAAAUGGUUGAAGGUUUCAUUUUAUUCCUUUUCAGACCCAAUAUAUCAAAAAUAGUGUUAGAGAAAACGGCUCUAUGGUGGUGAAGGGAAAAAAUUAAAGUCAAAUCCAUUUAUUUGUUUUAAAAAAAAAAAUGUUCAGAGGAUAUGUAGGUACAUAGUCACAACUGAAGUCACAUAGAUUUUUCUUGGGUCUGUUCCUGACCAAUUCAUUAAAUAUAAAAGCUACUUCUUUAAAAUUUUGUUUUUUAAUAUAAACACUACAAUUAAAAAAUUUCAUAGUGGCAUUAUUUUUUGAUGGGUAAUAUCACUUGUUCAUAAGAUAUGUUCUUGCAGAGAAACUUUAAGUUAUGUAAUAGAUUAUUUGUUCGAAAUCGAAGAUGCCUUUUCUGAGAAAACAAAAUAUAUUUAUAAUGAAUAGAUUUCAUUAGUGUAACAGAGAGCGCGUUAUAUAGAAACGAGAGCGCCGAGUGUUUGACAUGAGUGUUGUAAAUGUUGCCAUAAGUUUAGAUUAAGAUAUCUAUGUAUUUAUAGUUAUCAUACAAUUGUACAUUUGAGGAAAGACAUCUGAGACAGUAUUUCAUAUAGAGGGACCCAUGUCCAAUAUAUUAAAGUUUUAUAUUAAUAUGAAGCACAAAGUGCUGUAUAAUAAAUAACCACGAACAUUUUAUCUUAUAUUAAAUAAUGCUCUUUGAAAAUACUUUACUGAUUCGAUUUAAUAAAUAGCGUUAUUAGCAAAUAUAGUACAGUAAUCCUCCCUAUAAUGCGAUAGUCUUAUAAGUCAUUUACAUAUUACGCGAUUUCAAUAG